AAGUGGCGCCAAAGCAGCAACCAAAGUCAAAUGUUGAACGGCACAUUUAAGCGGGUGUAUUGAAUAAGCGUAAACGUAACGGUUAAAAGUGAGCAAAAACUUAAGUGGAAACGGAAGUGUUGAACACAUACACACACAUACAAAGAAAAACCAAACAAAUUCGAAUGAAUUGGAAAGACAAUUUUCAACGACAGCAGGAGUAAGGCAAACAGAUCCAACAACACCAACAAAUAUAACAACUUGAAGCAUCAACAUUAAUCCUUGACACAAACGUAAGCAAAUAAACACCACCCACACAUACACACAUCAACCGCAGGCGAAACAAAAGCAAAACGAAAAGAAGAAAACAAGUAAUAAUAAAAUAACAUCGCAGCUAUUCCAACAACAAAGCCAUACAAAUGCAACGUGACGCUUCUGUUUGCUUCAGCUAUAGCCUGACUACAACGACUAUCCUGCUGCUGGGACACUGCUGGUAUGCGUACGCAUAUGUCGCCGCAGCAGCAGCCGGUGGAGCUAGAGCUGGAGCUGACAUUGUCUCGGACUCGAACGCACUUGGCGCUGGCCUAGGCACUGGCACAGGCACGAAGGCAGCUCUAGCCAACAAGCAUAUGGCAGAAUUAAUGGCCGCAACAUAUCCGGAGAGGACAGCUGCCGCAGCGACGGGCUACAUGAGCGAUAUGACCGGAAGUAUUGCAUUGCAGCCACCGCCGCAAUUGGUGAAUGAGUUUAAUGGACGCGCAGCGGUCUACGAUCCGGGUGAUGAGUUGCUACGCGCAUUAAACGCCGAAACAGCCGCCAAUGGACAAGAGCUCGGUACCCUACCCGAAGAACCUGAUUACGCUGACACCGUGUUUAACGAACUGGAAAUAGCAAACAAAUAUGAAAUGUUACAUAAAUUGGAGAAUGAUUUGCGUGAGGAACAGGAAAUUGUUACUAAAUCAGCGCUGUUAAUGAAAAUGCUUGAAGAUCCGAACUUACAAACGCUGCCGGUAAUUUACGUAGAAGAGGAAGAGGACGAUGGAGGACUGUCAGGCGAGGACAAUAUUUUGAAUAAUAGCAAUUUGGCAUACGGUUUGGGUGGUGGUGUGGCUAAGCGUUCCCGCUACUAUCACCGUUAUCCAUGGAAGCGGCACAACAGGAAUCGAAGCACUUAUGAGCCGGAAUUACGUUAUGCUUGUACGCCGUCGAAAGAGGAUGUCUUCAAGCUAUUGAUGAACCUACAUGAGAACCGUAAGGGUAAUCAUAGUAAAACCGUUAACUUUUGCAAUCGCAAGCGACCAGCCAAGGCAAUUUUCACAAAUAUACGUUUUCUGGGUUAAGGUUGGAGCGGAGCGUGCUCUAAACGGAAUUUUAAACGAAUAUACAAGGCCACGGCAAUAUGCAUAAACAAAUAUUUUAAAUGUCUGAUGAAAGAAUUUGAAGAAGUAAGGAAAAAGAUAUGAAAGACAUGGAAGCAAUUAAAAAAAAAAAACUUAAUCAAAUCUAAUAAAGAACCUCCUAACAGCAGCAUAUAUGUAUAAUUGUUGCAGUAUUAUGUUCAAAUAGGCGAUUUAAACGACACAAUUAAGGUGAUGGCUGUUCACACACACGCAAUAUAGCUGCUAAACUGUGACAGUUCGACUAACUGUUCGACUGUUAAGGAAAACUUAAGUGCUUGAUUUAGCUUUCUUUGCAGUGCAAAUAUAGUUAAUAUUAAUUAAUUAUGCAUAUUUUUCCACUUGAUAUUUAGAAAUUUAAUGCUUUAUCAUGGCUGAGCUUUUCUUGUCGAAUUUGUGAGGAAUUCUGCACCUUUUUGUCUUAAUAAAAUUAAAAAAAAAAAAUAAUGCCUCAUAAUGGCUGCGCUUUUCUUCUCGAAUUUGUAUGGAAUCCAGCACCUUUCCGUCUUCAUUAAAUUAAUUGACAAUUAACAGCUUUUUUUUUUGAUCGUUUUUAUGAUAAACUAAAGCACAUUUGUAUAAUUAAAUACUAAUUGGCAAUUAAACUAUUUAUUGACUACAAAAAAAAAAAAAAAAGAAAUAUAAGAAAAUAAGUGAACUGUCUUAAUUGUCAUUCAAUUACCUGUUUGAACAUACUAGAUUAAAUGCCAAAAAAAGCACUGUAAAAUAUUAAUAAAAAAUCUAUGUGGAGAAUCGCAAGGACUGCAGGCCCUUUAAGCAGCUAAUAUUGUAUUUGUAGAAUUGAAAUUACUUACCUAUAUUUUCACGCUAAAGCAGUAUUUUUAUCGAUUAAUCCUCAAGAGGCAGCUAUUGUAUAACAGUGUUAACAUAAAAAAAACUAUAAUAAUAUUUUAUUCAAUCAUUAUAAAUAUGUAUUACUUAC